AAUUGUCAUUCGGUGUCAAAUCAAAUUGAAAUACGUGUGUGUGUUUUUGUGUAAUUGCGUAAAUAAUCUUUAAAAAAUAUUACUGUACGUUUAUAUGCGUGAACAGCCUACACAAAGUACGGUUGAAAUAGUGUAAAUAAUCCUCAACAAAAUUCCCUCAAGUUCUUCAAGUUGAAAGCAUUUAAAACAACAACAACAAGAAAAUUCGAAAUAAUUGCAACAAAAUAACGAUUUGUUUAUUAAACGAAAAGCACACACAACGAAACCAGAAGAAAAACGAAGGGGAAUAAAUGGAUUUAGAAAUAGAUGAAAAUUAAAAUAAGAAGCUAAGACAACGGAAAAUCCUUAAGAGAAAGAGCGAAUAUGUUUAAUUUGCUGCGGAGAUCGCGUCGUGGAAAAACGCACAAGAACGUUGUCGUCGAUGAGGAGGAAGAUGGGGACAGACCCGUGAGAUACAGUAAAAUAGGGGAGAUUGCUCUUCGGCGCGAAGAGCCCAAGGAAAGAGCACGACGGGCGGUGAUCGAAGAGCUGGAGGACUUUGCCAGCGACUUUGACGACGAGGCAGGGGAAACUGCCAGCGGCGACGAAGAGCGUUUAAAAUUAGCAAAAACAGCUGCUAAUGGCCGCUCCGACAAUUUGUAUAUAAAUAAAAUGGGCGGAGCGGCGAGGACGUGGACGUUUUCCUCGGGCGGUGAUCGAAAUGCGGCUCCCAGCAGUCAAAACGAGGCAGCCAGCGCGAUCGCGAGCAAAAGCGUUGGUGGUCAUCAGCUAAUUGGCACCAUUGAGACCGAAAUCGAUGGCCCAUCUAUAACUCACCGCCAGUCGCGUACCGAAAGUGAACCGCAGAAACGUCAGUCGCUGCUCUCGAUUGGCAGUUUCAAGAUAGGCAACGCCAAAGAAAGUCCAGCUAGUACCGAAAGCACUGAGCCGAAAAAGCGGAAAACUCUGCAAAAGAGUCGCGAUUUUCUUAGCGACAUUUUCAUGGCGCGUGGUCGAAACCAUCAGCGUCAAAAUCAGCAAAACCAGCAAAAGCAGCAGCAGCAGCAGGCUGGCAAGCCAAAUAAAUCGAAUAAAAGUAAUGCCAAAGACGUAAUCGCCAUCACAGCCACAGCCACCACACACCUUGAAACGAACUCCGACCCCGCGCUCGCAUCCCCGACUACUUAUCAAAUGACUUUGGCUAAUAAUAGCCCAGAGAAUAGCGGCCAACGAAGAGCGACGAGCAGCGGCGAAGAGAAAAGUAAGCCAGCUGGAGUGAAGCUGAGUGAAGAGCAGGCGGCGAGUUUUCCCGCUGAGAGCGAGAGUUUUCCGCCAAAGAUCGAGCCGGAAAAAGAGCCAAGAGCCAUGCGUUCGUCGGCGUUCCUCAUUCAAGCGGCAAACGUUGAGAGGCCAACAGCAAUUGCCGAACAGCAACAGCAGCAGCCCGGCAAUGCAAUUGCUGCCCCGCAGCAACAUCUGGCCAACAAGCAGCAGCAGCAGAAGCAACAUCAAGCGCCACAGCAGCAACAUCAGCAAUUAAGUGACAUAACCAUGGGCCAAACUAGUGCCAAACCGAAUGAAAUCAGUUCGGAACACAGUUCGCGUGCCAGUACGCCGCGUGAGUUCCGUGAGUCGAUCGUGAGUCCGCCGCCGCAGCCACCGCCCAGGCAUCAAAGGUCACCGGAAGUGCCGAAAAUCACCGUCGAGGAUUGUAGUUUCCCGGAGGAAACCCUAGCCAAAACACCGGAAAUAUUCUACGAACUAAAUGAAACCGCCGAGGAUUCGCUAAACAUCGAGGAACUCAACGAGGCGCAUAUAGAGACCCUAGAAGAUGAGGUCUUUGCCACGGAUAUACCAGCUACAAUCUAUCAAAAUUCGAAUAAUCGUCCCUGGACUCGCUUGAGCAAUGUGAAACUGGAAAAUGUCCAGGAGGAGGCCGAAGAAGAAGACGAGGAGGACGAGGCUGAGGAUCUAGAUGAUGUCGAUGAGGCAGUGGAACUAGACUACGAUCCCCAUAUAGGCCAUAACCAUCAAACAAAUGGCAACUCUCGGCAGUCGGCCAGCAGUGAGAGGAGUGCCCUGAAGAGUGACUCCAAUCUGAGCAGCAGCUAUGCGGAUUCCGGGAUCGGGGAAUCGCAGGAGUCCCCGAACCAGGCACACAAUCCACAGCCACCGCAACCACCGCCACGCAGCUCCUCGCAUAUGGCUACCACCCAACAGAGUCAACAGAAUCCACAGAACCACACCUCUUCCUUUAUACGCGAUGGCAACUCCACCGACUGCGAGGAGACCUUUCUGCAGUGCGACGAACUCGACGACAUUGAGCGUUUCGGCGAGUUCAGCGAGCGUUUGGUAUGCAUCGAGAGCAUCAGUCUGCCGGAUGUGGUUGUGGAGUCAACGACCGCCAGUGCAACCGCAUCAGGAACAACACUUUCAGCCACAUCCACAUCAGCAGCAGCAGCCCCAUCAUCAUCAUCAGCCUCAUCGGCGACCACAAAUGGCGGCGAUUCGCAGAUCAACAUCAAUAUUGCCAACGGAGCGGGGGGCAAUAGCCUGGGCAACGUGCACUUCAUACCCAUCCACGUCGAGGGACGCAGUCGCAGCAGCAGUCCCAAGCAGCGCAGCCGGGACGACAGUUGUCUUGGCCAGGACAUGACGCCCUGCAUCGAGAUCAUCGAGGACGGGAGUGUCCUCAACAAGCCGGUGAGACAGGAGAGCCCCUUCGACAGUCAGGAACUCAGAAAGGAGCUGAAACAGCAGAAAGCUCGAUUCGCCAGCCAAUUGGAUGAGGCCCACAAGAAUGCCAGUCAACUGGAGGGCAAGGUUGCCGAUAUGCAGUUCAAGAUCCAGAAACUGGAACAGGAACUGUCCGUCAAGCAAUGGAAUGUUGAGAGGCUACAAAGUGAACUUAGCGCAGCCCACAAGGACGAUGAAUAUGUGAGGAAAAAACUCAAGCUACUAGAGGAUGAAAAAGUCCACUUACGGCACAAGUACAGCGAAAAUCAAGAUGAAUUCCAGAUCAAAUAUAACGAACUCGAAGCUCAGUAUACCGAACUAACCGAGAAGUACAAAGAGACCCAAAGCCUGGCUAAAAGCCUGCAAACCCAAUUGGCCUGUGCCCAAGUCGAGGCUGAGGAAUGGCGUCAGCAGGUGGAGAAGAUUCGAGCGGAACUGGAGGAGCAGAUUCGCAUUCUCAAGAACGCCCUGGAAAACUCAGAGGCGGAACGCAAGAUCUGCGAAGACAAAUGGCAAAAGGAGUUCGAAAUGCUCAGGACACACAAUCGAGAACGCGAGGAAUCCCUGAUGACGGACUGCGAGUGGCAGCUGCGGCAGAUGCAGCGGCAGUGCAAGGACAAGACGGACAAGUCCAACUACGAGCGGAAGCAGGCGAGCGCCAAGGCGGAGGAGCUGGAACUGGAGCUGCAGUCCCGCCGAAGGGAGUCCGAGAUGCUGCGCACCUGCCAGGCGCAGGUGAACUCGCUGAGGGGCGUGGUCAGCGAGCAGGAGCAGUCCAUCCAGACCCUAAUGGACCGCAUUGAGAACCUGAAGGGGGAUCUGCAGUCGGCCAACGAGAACCUCGAGACCCAGAUCGAGGCGGUGCACAAGAUCAAAUAUCAGUGUGAUAAUGCCAUCUAUGACAAGGAGCGUCAAAUGAUCUACAAAAUCGAUGAGGUGCGAAACGAAGCGGCCGCCUUCUGGGAAAACAAACUUUACACAGAGAUGACAAGACUGACAAAUGAACUGGAGUCCGUGUAUGUGGACGAGCGCCGGGAUGCGUUGGAUAAACUGCAGAACGAGCACAUCGAGGAACUGAGGGCCCUGACCAAUCGAUAUACGGCCAACGAGGAGGAACUGCGAGCCGAGAUCGAAGAUCUGCACGAGAGCCUGGAGCUGAAGAAACAGGAUUUCCUCAGCCUUCGCGAACGUUCGGAUAAUGCUCUGCUCCAGACCCGCAUGCAUUUGGAUAAGGCCGAUCGCGAGUACCAGAAUGCCAUGUGCCGCGAGGAGGAUCGCCGUGUGGAACUGGAGGAGAAGCUGAAGAGAGAGUUCGAAGCGGAGAAGGCCGAGAUGGAGGAGAAGUUCCGCGAGCGACUGGGCCAGGUGAAGGAGGAGUUCGCCAAGGAGCUGCAGCUAUCCACGCAGGACAUGGUCGACUCGCACCGGAAGGAGCUGGACUCUCAGAAGGCCAAAUUGCAGUCGGAAAGGGACGAGGCGUUGCAGGAACUUGUGGAACGACAUCGCGCGAAAAUGGCCGCUGCCGAUGAACGAAUCAACAUGGAUCAGCAUUUAGGUCGAUCGACAUCCUCUCCGGCCCUGUGGGCCUUGGCCAAGGGGGCGUGGCCGUAUAUGCCGACUCUAUAUGUGCUAUAUCUGACCAUGUCGCCGCUGAUUGCCAUUGCAUGCUUAGUGUUUAAUAUUGUCGCUGUGCUCUACAUUAAAUACCGUCACCUCUUGGCUCGCCAAUAAAAUUCUAUCACCCCCGAUGUAGAACUUCGGCACCAGCGCAAUCUCAAGGACCUGAAGGCGGCCUACGAUGCCGAGAAGGCGGCGCUGGACAAGCGCGACAUCAGCAACGCCAACGAGAUCGAGCAGCUGCACCGCAAGUGCCGCUGCCUGACCAACCUGUUCGAGGAGAUGCGCAUGCGAUACGAAAGGCGGGAUCCUCGAGCCGAGGAUCUGCGUGAGAUAUCCGAACUGCGAACACGAUGCGAAAGUCAGGAGAGAGAUUUGUACGUGCUCACCGAUCGCCUGCGCGAAAUGCAGAUUCAAAUGUCCGAGAUGCAGCAAAACGGUGACCGAAAAGGCGGUGGAAAGUCGAUCAAGAAACCUCCGCCCAAAUCGAUAGCCACCAGCUGUGACGUCAUAUACGAGGAAAACGAAGAGCGGGAAUCGCCCGAGCAGGAAAAUGGGGAAAACUCCUCCCAGGGAGAUGACGAUGAAGAGGAGGAGGAGGAAGUCGAGCAGGAGCCCAGCGAUACAGAGUCAAAUCACACGAUCGAGGUCAAUGGAAAGUCCGAUCGAAUUAACGAGGAUGACGCCCAUCUCAUCACCGCCGUGUGAUCUACCAAUUCUUCUAUAUCUUCCAAUUUUGUGGCUGUAUUUUUCGAGAUCCCCCGGAGUGGAGGUUCCAUGACCAAGGAUGUGUGAUCCCGGGUGCUUCGGUGCUUCAUGUGCUGCCCUCUGUAUCGCAGGAUACGGAAAUCGACCCACUCAACAAAAUCGCUCAAAGCUUGAACUCAUAAAAAUUGUAAAUGAAAUUUCUGAAUUGGUUUUUGAAACCGCAAAAAAAAUAACGAAAUAAAUGUAAAUAUUU